CAAUAUCGGGCACUGCUGUGCUGAGAGUGAACAUGCGUCUGGCAAACAGGUAUAGUGUGGAUACAGUCCUAAGGGUGGUGCUCAAUCUUGCAAGAAAAGAAGGAAUUCUACCAACAUGGCAAUGAAGGAGAAAUGAUGGCACUCACCCCAAAAAUGGACUUGCAUGGAUGACUUUAUUGUGUGCUCGUCAAUCAAAGUGCAUGUGCAUAGCAGCGUUCAGCGUUCAGGCAGGUGAAGGCGGGCAAGGACGCCGGGAGACCCAGCGUGUAGGUGACAGCUGUCUCGCACUUCCGUGCUUCGUAAGACCAUCAGGUAGAAUAAGCAUUUGAUGCAACCAAUGAUAUCACAGGAAAAAAAAUGCUGGAACUCUAAUGAGGAAGAGUUGCCAUUUGGCUCUGUGUUCCUAAGGCGCCAUUAUGUCUGAAAUCUCUGCACCCCAUAGUGCUGUAUCCAGAUAGAUUCAUUUUUUAUCUGUCAUUUGGCUCAUCCUUUUUAAUGUGUUGCCAACUGUGUCACCAGUUCAAAUUGAUGCCAUGAAAAAAGAUGAGCGUAAAAUCAUUUUGUUUCCAAGACCGAGAAGAACCCCUUCGUUUGCAUGGUGUCCAGUAUCCAGGAUCAUCCCCAUAUCUCAUAAUGCCUAUAUUUACUCUGCACACUAAUUUAUGCCAAAGUGCAAUACCCCAGACCUUCAUGUCUGACCUUUCCCAGCUACUUGAACAGGCCAUGGAUGUACCAGCUAAGUUCUUUGCAGUGAUUGUUCACACCAAUCAACAAAUGACUUUUGCUGGAACAAAAGAUCGCUGUGGCCUGUGCAGUCUGCAAAGCAUUGGAAAAACUGGGGGUCCCAGGAAUGAAAACUACUCAAAGAUACUGGGCGAGUUUUUGAACAAACAGCUGGGAAUACCCAGUGACAGGGUUUACAUCACCUUCAUUGACGUAAAUGGAGCUAAUGUUGGCUGGAACGGUUCCACCUUUGCUGGAGUUGCUCUGUAAAGCAUUGGAAUAAUGCAAUCUCUACCUGCAAUGUAUUCUUCUUCCUCUCAUUAUACUGUACUGUACUUUUUUUUCCUCAAUAAACCA